GGAGGUCGAACAAGGAACAGCGGUGGUUGCGGAAAGAGACAUGGAAGGUGGGAAAAGCCGCUGCAACUGGAGGGGGCUUCCCUUUACCUUGACUCUGGGCUUCAUCCUCGCGUUAGCCCCGCCGAUCGCCCACAGCCGGAGUCUCCGCUUCGUGACUUUGUUGUAUCGGCAUGGAGAUCGCUCUCCGGUGAAGACAUAUCCCCGAGAUCCCUAUCAGGAAAGCGCCUGGCCCCAAGGAUUUGGACAGCUGUCUCAGGAAGGGAUGCGGCAACAGUGGGACCUGGGCCGAGCUCUUCGUAGGCGUUACUAUGAAUUCCUGAAUGCUUCAUACAAUAGGCAAGAGAUCUUUGUUCGCAGUACAGAUUUUGAUCGGACCUUGAUGAGUGCCGAGGCAAAUCUGGCAGGCCUAUAUCCUCCAGAUGAGCAACAAGUGUUUAAUCCCAAUAUUUCUUGGCAGCCUAUCCCUGUACACACUGUACCUGACAACAUGGAGAAGCUCUUGCGGUUUCCAUUAUCUCCCUGUCCCCGUUAUGAACAGCUGCAAAAUGAGACCAGGCAGAUGCCAGAGUAUAUAAAUAUGACCCUCCAGAAUAUGCAAUUCUUGAAAAUGGUAGCAAACAUGACAGGAAUUCAGGAUGUUUCCCUUGAAUCUGUCUGGAGUGUGCACGAUGCACUCUUCUGUGAGAAAAUGCACAAAAUGCAUCUUCCAGCAUGGGUAACUCCUGUGGUGAUGGCCAAACUGAAGGAGUUAAAAGAUUUCAGUUUUAAUGUCCUUUUUGGCAUCCAUAGACAAGUGGAGAAAGCUCGUCUGCAGGGUGGAGUUCUUUUGUCUCAAAUAAGGAAGAAUCUUACCUUAGCUACAAAAGACUCAGCACCCCACCACCUUAAAAUGCUUAUGUACUCAGCGCACGACACCACUCUUGCGGCACUGCAGACAGCUCUGAAUGUUUACAACGGGAAGCAACCGCCAUAUGCUUCAUGUCAUAUAUUUGAACUGUACCAAGAAGACGACGGUAAGUUUACAGUGGAGAUGUUCUUUCGGAAUGAGAGUCAGAAGGAGCCUUAUGAAUUGCAGCUUCCCGACUGUAAACAGCGCUGCCCCCUGCCUCAAUUCCUGCAACUUACAGAGCCAGUUAUUUCACAGGACUGGAAACAGGAAUGUCAGAUAAUAAGCACAAUGAACGACACAGAAUUUGUUAUGAUUUUGGCUGUCUGUGGAUCUCUCCUGUUCUUAAUGACCAUUCUGCUCCUGACAGUACUCUUCCGUGUGAAGUCCAAGCCUCCUGGCUACAGCCAUCUUUCCAGUGAAGGGGAGGAACAGCCUUGACGAUUGCUUCAGCCCCUCCUGAGGCAGCAAGAGGAAAUAGAGCUGAUCUCAGGGACAAAUGGGGCCUCAUUCAAUGACUAAACAUCUUCCUGACCGAUUUUGAUCAUGCUUUUGAAGCAGAAGGGUUGACAAUGGAGAUGUUGCAACUAGCAGAUGCAUUCUACCUACCACAGCAUAAUGCAAAGUUAAUUGCUAGGGGUAAAAUGCCAACAUGGUCUUAAGAUUGCUAUUUCUCAGCGUGUGAUCAGUUUAACAAGAAGGUUAUGUUUUUCUU